AUGACUUUGCUGCGCCAAGGUCCAGCCGAGUCGUUUCCGACGCGUACACGCGUGGCAUUCGACGGCCUGGAUGACCUCGAGGAAGAGGAGGAGCCACCGGAGGCGAGUGGAACAGUUCCGAAGGAUCGGUCGCUGAUACCUCGACCUGUCGGCAGCGGCUUUCAGACGCUCGAAAAUCUGUACGAGAAGCAUAGGGGUACCAAAGAGAUCCCCGAACUUGAAGAAGAGGAGCUUGAGGAGCUGCACGUCCUGCUGAAAGAUGAGAUCCAAAGGUGCCCCUCGAUCUCAUCUGUUGCCUGGGCAGCGAAAGCGAUCGAGGACCUGGAGCUCGAGGAUGAUGACGUCUUUGAGGUGAUUGCAGAGAAAGUCACCGCUCAGGUAGACGAGCUCAGUCCACAGGAGACCCUGGAUAUUGUGCUCAGUUUUGGCGCGAUCUACUACAAUGAUGACGAUUUGUUGGAAACCCUUGUGGGUGCUGUUCGCCGGCAAAUGAAGUUUUUCACCAAUGCGGAGGUGGUCCGCCUGGCAAAUGCCAUGUCGCGGCUUGGUGGGCUGGACGACACCAAGCAUGUAGGCAUGUUCUUUGAGAUGCGAAAGCGCGUCAACAUGCCUCUCAUUGACAAGGCUAUCAGGGAACGGCUACGGGCCGAAGCAACCUACCCCAAGCCGACGGAGGACAUGAAACAGCUCAUUUCCAAGGUCAGGCUGCCUGAGAACAGCAGAGUCAAGAAGCAGUUCAAAGCCAAGAUGGCAAAGCAGCUCACUCUGAUGAAGUACACAUCAGAGGCUGAGGCUGCAAAGCAGGAGGAGAUCGACCCCGAGCUGGUCAAGGAUGGUCCAUCUAUGAAGGAUAUCAUCGAUGCCAGCCCUUGA